AUGGGGAGUGACAAUAUUUCGCCUGCAAGCCAAAUCGAUUAUGAUACCAGCACACGCGUUCAGAUCGAGCAGAUGUGGAAGAGCUCUCCCGCGCUUGAGAUGGCGUCCGUGAGCGACUGCGACCUCUUCGUGGCCCAACUGAUGAUUGAAGUGCGCAAUGAAACCAACUCGGCGGCAACCAUAUCGGCCUGCGGGUGCGAUGGUUUGAAUGGCUGCGUCACGGCUGCCAGGUUGGAGCUGCUGGUUGAUGUGGACACCACUGUCGGGUUGAGGUCCUCAAUUUCGUCGGCGGCAACUGCCAAUUCCUCGAGAUUGGAUGCUUUAAAUACCUGCAGCAAACGUCGCGUGGUUGGCGGCAAUAAGUCGAGCCAUUUUACACGAAGGACAUCAUUUGAAGCGCGAUCUCCGGCUAAAAGCUGCAUUUGCCGUAGUAGCUGUGAGGGCUUGCGGUCGCCCAGCUCGAGACCUGUAAGAGCUUUGUGCAAUUGCCUAUCAGCGGAGUCCAUCAAGCGUGCAAGUAUCGCGGUUUUAAGGGCGGUAUAUUUGUCUGCAGUCGGGGGCGAACGCAAAAUGUCUGCAACUUCGACUACCGUAUUGGGAUCAAGGUUCGCCACAGCUAGAUUGUAUUUUGUAGAGUCUGUUGUGAUACGGUGUACAGCGAAGACGGCUUCGACUUGUACAAACCAAAGUUCAGGAUUCGCGCGCCAGAACGGUGGCAAUUUACAACGAUCCACGGAAACAGCGGUUGGCACAUUUUCAGUAGCCGCGGGAGGUUGACCGGGAAGAUUAUCGUUUGGCAUAUUAGGUCGUUAUUUAAAAUUAUCUUUAAACGACGAAUCGACAAGAUGGCGUGUCUUUAUCAGAAUACCGCAGACAAUUGCGCGAAGGCGA